AUGGUGAUACUCGCGACAGCCGCCCUGGUCGUUCCGGUGCUUGUGUCCUCGCCCACGCCCGGCGCUGAGCCCGUGCCUGUGGGCGAGGGCGACGCGGUGCUGUGCAAGGACCAGGCGUCGCAGGCGUGGUGGCGCGCGACGGUGCGGCAGACGCGCGGCGACCAGCUCCUCGUCCACUACAUGGGCUGCGACGACGCGUGGGACGAGUGGUUUGACGCGUCGUCGCCCGACAUAUGCGCGGUCGACGCGCAGGAGGCGGCGCGCGGCGCGUUCCAGAGCGAGGAGGCGGAGCUCGAGCUCGAGGGCAUGGGGGACGAGGAGAUCCUCGAGGCCUACCGCGCGCAAAAGUGGGCCAACAAUGCGCGCUGGCAGCUCGCGACCUUCGCGCAAGCGCAGCUCGGCGAGUGGAAGGGCAGCUGCCUGCUCUGGCGAGAGGCCCGCGACGCGCGCGCCGAUGCGGUGGGAGGCCAUCGGCGCGGGCGGCAGCGGAUGGGCAGCGGAAUGUACGAGUAG